AUGAGAAGGUCCAGCAGCAGUGUGAAGAAAAGCGGAAACGACAACGAUGGAUUGAAAAAAGGGCCAUGGACGCCGGAAGAAGACCAAAAGCUAUUGUCUUAUAUCCAACAGUUUGGGCAAUGCAGUUGGCGCUCAUUAUCUGCUAAAGCUGGUCUCAGGAGAUGUGGAAAGAGUUGUAGAUUGAGGUGGAAUAACUACCUCAGGCCAGAUAUAAAAAAGGGAAACUUCAGUUUGGAAGAAGAACGGACCAUCAUUCAACUCCAUGCUCUUCUUGGUAACAGGUGGUCAGCUAUUGCUACUCACUUGCCAAAAAGAACAGAUAGCAAGAUCAAGAACCAUUGGAACUCACACAUCAAGAAGAGGUUGGCUAAAAUGGGUAUUGAUCCGGUGACCCACAAGCCAAAGGUUGACACCCCACUUCACGGCUCCAACCUGAACCACAUGACUCAAUGGGAGGCUGCUCGGCUAGAAGCAGAGGCUAGGCUAGUUCAGCAGCCUAAUAAACAUCAUCCUUACCAACAACCCUAUCUCGUAUCACCUCCUUCAACUCAUGAGCUCCAUAAAAGGCCCACCACAACACUACCAUAUUUAGAAUGCCUUGAUGUACUUAAAGUAUGGCAAGGGAUAUUAAAGUCAAAGUAUCUUAUCCAUGGAGGUCUUCAAACACUUGACUCGACAUGGAGUGUCCUGAAAGACGUUCCCCUCAUAAGACCCACUACACCCAUGAUUAACAAUGUCGAAAGCAAGGGUUCAUUAAAUGAAGGGGCGACCACAAAAUGGUAUGAUAAAACCGAAACCCUAAUGGAGCCGUUUGAGGAAUAUUUCAUGUGCCCUUACGAUGCAAAUAUUACUACUGAAGACUAUCCUCAAGUCAAGCCUCAAGGUUUCUUGGAAGGCUGUCUUGAUCUUCCCAUUAAUGGUGGAUGGAGUAGUGUCACAAAUAACUUGGUCAUGAAUGCAUGGCCUCCAGCUUCGCCUGUGUUCUAG